UCACCACACUGUGUGCCACACAUUGUGCAGCUGGACGCCAGCCUCCAACACAAAGAGAAAGAGGCUGACAGGGCACUAAGAAGAGCUUUUGUUAUUAAUAUUUGUGCGGUACAAGCUGCAGGUGUGUUACUGUGUGAAGGACGGGGAAACUGACUCCUGUGUGUGGGAUCAGUGAUGGAGCCUGUUGACCUUGUAGAAAUGCAGCCUGAUAAACAAGAAGCUGUUGAUGUCACCUCGUGGGUCUGUGUGUGUCCUGGAGGACUCUGGAGGGUUCAGCGAAAUGAGACGCAUGAAUGGACUCAACAAAUCUCUUCUAAUACAGCAGAUGACACAUCUUGUCUAACUAAUCACUGUCCAAAGCUGGGCUCACUGUGUCGGGUAAAAGUGCAGCUCAAAGCUCUGUCCGAUGACUCCGAUGGCCCUCCAUCUGCAAAAGAAAAUGAGAAGAUGGCAGUCACUGCUGUUGCAGAUUUAGUGCCAACUCCAAUUCUCCGGCAACAGGACACUGCGCUGCAGGUGCCCCUGGGUGACUGGACAACACUGAGGCUGGGGGAGGGUCAGUGCGAUAUCACAGAGGCAUGUUUGGGGGGGAUGAGAGCAGGGGAGAAAUGUGAGAUACAACUUACUCCCAUUGGAACCGGACCAGAAGCCUCUCUUCACCAGCCUUCGUAUGGCGACCUUCCUCUCAUUGCCACUGUGGAGCUCCAAGCGUUCACUCCAGGAAAGGAAUCCUGGGAGAUGACCCCCACUGAAAGAUGGGAGUGGGUGAAAUCGCACAAGGAGAGAGGUGGCGGUAGAUUCAGGAGCGGGGACUUAUGGGGAGCAACAGACAGCUACAGCCGGGCCCUCAAGCUCCUCAUCCCCCUUUGUGGCCUCGUUGGAGAGGUGGAAGACACAAACUGUUUGGAAGAAAUGCAUCAGCUCCCUUCGUCUGAUCAGCUUAAAAUCAAGAAAGCUGAGCUUCACUCCAACUUGUCUCUGUGCCAGCUGAAAUUAAACCAACCACAGCGAGCCAGGGACAGUGCUGCUAAAGCGACUCGGCUUGAACCUGGCGCCUCAAAGGCCUGGUACCGACUGGGCCAGGCAUGCCAGAAGUUGAACGAGCUGGAUGAGGCCAAAGAGGCAUUUAAGAAACUGCUGGAAAUCCAGCCGGAGCUGCCUGCUGCUGUGAAGGCCCUCAAAGAGAUAACGAGUAGAGAAAAGGAGAGAAAUGUGCAGCUGGGAUUGAGACUCAGUAAAAUGUUUAGCUAAAGAUGGAAUGUUAUAAUUCUAAUAAUGUUUUUCCUCAUAAUUAGAUCUAAGUGCAAUUAUGACGCAGCCUCUGUUACAAAGUAAAGCCUCAUAACUACAAAUAUGUCUGAUCUCCUUGAAUGGAGGUUGGGAUAAUAAAUAAAGAACGGCUGACUGAGCUCAUUGUCGCAAAA